GCCGCCUUUUGCGAGGAAGAAGAAGUAGGUAAUCCAAGCCCGUGCUCUGAAUCGCGUGUGGUCCAUUGCACGGUUCGACAAUCGGUUAUUCGGUUGCGUUACAUACCAUCCGGUUGUUAUUCUCCUGCAGCUUCCAGCAAGUCCCAAAGAAGGCUUCAGAAAAAGCCCACAAUGUCGGGCAUGUCAGGAAUCAACUCCGAGAUGAGCGUCCAGGCUACGAACCAGGACAGUAUAAGUGCUUGCUUUGUCGUAGCGAUGCGUAGUGGAGGAGGAGAGGGAUCUGAAAGAGAGGAGGAAGUUCCAAGCGAUCCUGACAACUACCUAUCUACGACUACAGCCGUGACAACGACCACCACGUCGACUACCACCACCACGUCGACUACCACCACCACGUCGACUACCACCACCACGUCGACUACCACCACCACGUCGACGACUACCACCACCACGUCGACGACUACCACCACCACGUCGACGACUACCACCACCACGUCGACGACUACCACCACCACGUCGACGACUACCACCACCACGUCGACGACUACCACCACCACGUCGACGACCACCACCACCACGUCGACGACCACCACCACCACGUCGACGACCACCACCACCACGUCGACGACUACCACCGUUAAGUCACCUCUAGAUUCACAGUUGGUGGUCUGUACAGCCACCUACUCCAUUAGUUGGUCUCCAGUGUCAAGCCCUGUACCAGAUCCGUGCCGCUUCUUGAUGUUCAGCACGCUAGUGUGGAGAACACGGUGUGGCAUUGAUAUUCAACAAAAAAUCCGAUCAGCGGCUAUGAGACAGCUAAACACCACUACAACUCUUCACGGAAAGGUGCUUCACUACGGCUUCCUCGGCUUUGACUGCACAGUGACUACCUGGUGUGCAGAUGCGGACCCGCCCAUUCAAUUUCUCAAGGCCUGCAAGAACAGUGGCUCAUUCAGCUUCCAGGAUAAGUCAUUGAUAGGAAACCAAGAUGUGUGCGACACCGUGAGGCUCUCAAGUGGUAAGAGGAUGUGCAAGGCGUACCACGAAUACGGAUAUCAAGGUGGCUGGGUGAUGUUCGACCUCUGUUUGGUGAUGUGGACCAGAUCUGCUUGAUCUGUAUUUGUACGUGCGGUAAAGAAGUACAUGUAUGAACGACCGUGGAGCUGCGAAAGUGCGAACAGUGCGAUUUAAGUGUGAUCCUUCCCCUUGAACUGCACAUUUGGGCCAGCUGGGGGACAGCUUUCCUUCCAUACGAUAGAUUGUAUAGUUGUAUUCCAUAAUUUUUUCAUUGCUAGCCAAUAGGGGUACGUGACGCAGCGUGUACGAAAUGUUUGAAUAAUAAUCGAAACCAAUCGAAAAUAGCAAUCGAAACCAGUGUUUGUAGGAGUAUCCCCUACGCAUCCUUUAUUACAUAGUUUACUGUCAAACAGCCUGACACAAAGUGGACAGUAUCUGACUCUUUCCUCGAUUGUGAAAAGGAAAUGCUCUGUGGUGCAACUUCCACGCUGCCAGCUCUACGUUUUAGUCGUAGUUGUGAGGCUUUUCAUAAGCACACAGUUAGUAAUGCGUCAGAAAGGGGGAUUUAUAGCCUUUCAAGUGUGAAUAAAAGCGUAUAUUGCAG